AUGGCUGUGGCAGUAAUUCGCAUAUCCAGUGUUUUGGCUGCAGAAAUCCUUCUAUGCAUACGUAUCUGGAUCCUAUGGGAGAAGAGCAGGCGAAUUCUUUUUACCCUACUUGCCGCUGCAACAGCCGCCCUAACAGCAACUCUACUUUUUAAUCUCCAACCUACAGCAUUUGGGCUCAGCGGGUCUGAGUGGCACUUCUUUGCAGACCAAGCCUCCCUCGGAGCUGCCGCCGUUGCCGCAGUCAUCUUGGCUUACGAGCUAGCAUUGCUUUUCAUAGUUUUAUUCAGAUGGCGACAGCUAAGGGGCAAUAUCGGUGUAGAAACCAUUGUAAGCGUACUUGUAAGGGACGGCGUGCUGUACAUCUUGGGAAUCGUCGCAAUCUCAGCAACCAUUCUCAUCGUUGGCUUUGGUUUCUCUCCAGAGUACAGCGCCAUGUUUGAAACCUUUCAGGUUGCAAUGCACAGUAACAUGGCCUGUCGAAUCAUGCUGAACCUUGUGAAGAACGAAAAAGGUAUCCAAGACCCGACAGUAAAAGAGGAAGAGGAGGAAGAUCUUGGGGACAUGGCUUUCGCCGCCCCUCAGCCUUCAGGCUUACCCGAGUCUACUGCAUGA